AUGAACAAUCAAUCAAGAAAGAGAACAUGUCAAGAGUCAAAUGAAAUAGCUGUUUUUGAAGAGGAAUCUAAAGAUAAAGAUAGAAUACCGAUCAAUAAUGACGAUAUAGUUUUCGAUAAUCGAAAUUCAUUGAUAAACUUUAAUAGAGUUUAUCAUCUUUAUUAUCAAUGUUUGGAGAGUAGAGAUGAUCAAAUGAGAUCACAAUGCGUUAGGUUCUUUGUUGAUUGCCACAGACACAAGUUUUUACAUUUUAUCGAUGUUCAAGGUUAUACCAAGUUCAUUGUAGAUCUAUUCUUUGAUCCUUCAUUAGAUGUAUUCAACAACAUGACAUCGUUUAAAUGUCGUAUUCAUAAAUCAUUAGUUAUAUUGAAUUUUGCAUUGGUAUCGAAACAAUUCUUUAGAAUUACAUCAAAGAAGAUUAACAAUAGUUAUCACAAUAUAUUUGGAUAUGCCAAUUUUGAUCAUGAAUAUUCAUUAAUCAAAUCACCACCCUUGUUCUUUGACUACGAAUCGAUCAAGUUCAUCAGAUAUAGUGAGAGUACAGAUAGAAUCAUUGAUUUCUUUUCAAGAGUUGAACUAUUUCAUAUUAAAUCAGAUGAAUACGAUAGUAGAAUCAAUGAUGGUGUCUCAAGAAGAUACAUCUAUUAUGAUUCAUUCAAACCAAGCGAUAACAGCAGUUCAGAUGAAUCUUUAUAUCGUGAUGUGAUUAAUAGAGAUGGUUACUUGACACACCUUCCACCAUUUCCAAAUCUAAAGAAUAUCUUUGUGCAUCAAUACUAUGGAUACCGACGUAACUACAGUUUAUUUCUAAUAUCGAUCUUUGAGAAUACACCGAAUGUAGAUGGACAUGGUAUCGAAUCAUUCUAUAUCAGGAUCAACAAAGAUUGGAAUAGAAGUCCAGAUUACAGUAACAUGGAUUUCUUGCAACCACUGUUAUCAUUACACUCAAAGACAUUGAAAUCAGUCACACUUGAAUAUUACGAUUUCUAUAAUGAUGAUGCCCCUCAACUUCUUUCGAUAUUGAAAGAGAGGCUUCCAACAAUCAAACAAUAUAAUUACUCUUUCAUUCUGUUCGCAAACUUUAAUCUGUUGAAAUCAGUAUGUCAAGAUGGUGAAGAUCUAGAAGUUUAUCAAUAUUUACUCAAUCAACAAGUUAUUUUCAACAAAUUUAAUAGUUAUGAUGAAAAUAAUGAAAUCAUUUACUAA